CGAUGAAAGUCUUUAAAGGGGUUCGUUGUGGCCGUAGCAGCUAUAAUUGGUUUCAUACAUAUCCCAAUAAUUCCUAAUUGUAACGAUAAUAUUGUUUAUGUAACACAACACGCAAAGUUGGUAGCCUUGUCACUGACAUAAUUGGAACCAAAUUGCUAAAAUCGUUAAAAUUUCAAAAAUAAGUGUAUAUGGGGACCGAAAUCGAUGUCUUUAUUAGUAAUUAUACUCUCGUCGACCCGGAAAUCUAUCAACUGUGGGUGGAGGGUCACACAGCGAGUGAAGCCGUCUCGAUUUUGAAUCAGAGGGGCUUAGGGCAGCUGACGGGUGCCCCUCUUGAACUGAUAGCCAGUGAUGUGUUGGACCACUAUCGCACCUACUCACUUCUGGAAAAACUCCUCAGUAACCCAAACAAACUCCAAGAACAGUUGGCGUUUCAGAUUGAGCCCCAGACACGAAAACUACUCAUAGAGAAGUAUUACGAUUUCGACGACAGCGUCGUCCGAGAGCUCAUUGGAAAAAAACUCUCCAGCAAACACAGAAAAGACUUGGAUGAAGUGUCUGAAAAGACAGGCGUUCCGUUAAAGUCGUGCCGGCGCCAGUUCGACAAUGUUAAACGAAUUUACAAGAUGGUGGAAGACAUGCCAGGUCCGGUGGUCCAAAAUAUCCAAAAUUUGUUCUACUUACCUGAAUACAUAGCGAAAAAAUACGCUUGUAUCGUGUUUCUAGCGUGCAUUCGUUUUGAGACCAAGCGGAAACUAAAUCAUAUCACGUUUUCUUGUUGGAAGAGGUGUACGGAGGCUAUAAUGGACAACUGGACGAACAAAUUGGCAGGUGUUGACAAUUUCGAUACGGAACACGACAAAGACUUCUUCUCUGAGUUACGAGAGAUUAAAAUUUUGUUAGAGAAAGAGAAAGAGCACAAGCAUCUAGUGUGCGUGUUGUUGAGAGCCAAGCUUUUGCAGAAAUGCUACCUGGACUUGGAUGCCAAUUUUAAGAACUAUAAUCGGGCGAUUUUGUUGCCUACGACAAAUAUGCACCGUCCUCGAGAUGUUAAAAAUAUGUUUGUCGAACUGACUUCGCUUUCGGAUAGUUUAAAACAGGCAAAUUGGACUGUACCAGAGUUGGAAGUUUUUCUAAAUGCGUAUACACAGUGUGGCUGCGAAAUUGACAUUAUAAGAGACUCAGCGGCACUCAAAAUUUUGUGGGAAAAGUAUAUGAAAGUGAUAACAGAGUGUCUCCUGGCGAUGUACUAAUUUUAAUCGUAAUAACACAAAUAAAAUAAAUUAUUUAUUAAAAAUAGAACAAACUGUCAACAACCUCUAAAACUUGCAAGACCUUUAUAAAUAACCAUGCAUUUACAAUACUCAAAAAACCACACGUACAAGAUAGAAACGUCAACUUUUAUAACGACGCCAUGUUGGUAAUCUGAAAAGUGUCAUAAAAAACGUGUUAUUCUAACCACGUGACUUAC